AUGAAUCUGAAGCAAAAGAUAAUUAUGAGGAUACCAAUGAACAGCGAUAGAUGCAGAUCAAAAGCCUUACGGAUUGUUGCUCGUGCACAGGGGACUAUAAUCUCCGUGUCGAUAGGAGGAUUGAACGGGGACGAGCUGGUCGUGACGGGAGAAGGAGUAGACCCGGCCACACUGGUCCAGUCGCUCAGGGAGAAAUUCCGGCAGGCGGCCAUAUUGAGCGUGCAACAAAUUAGCGAUGAAGAAGGAAGGAGCAGUCAGCACUGCGGCACAUAUUGUUGUCCAAUUCAUCAUCAUGGUUACACAUGGCCGAGGCAAUAUUCGCCAGCCUACUAUAUGGAGUGCCCGCAAUACCCAGUUUACAAUGUAGCCCAACAUGCACCUGACCUGCCAAGCAUAUGCAACACCAUGUGA